AUGGCCUUGACCACAGUGCCUUCACCAACACAGAUUGUAGUAACAUCCGAAAAUUUCAAAACUAUCUUGCAUUGGCAGUACCCACCUAUGCCUGAAACUCCCCAUUUUGUUGUGGAAAUCAAACCUUACAAUUUAGGUUACUAUAAGAUCGUCUCAACUUGUGUGAACAUUUCAGCUCAUUUUUGCGAUCUCUCAGGGGAAAUACAUGGGCCUUUUACCUCUCACUGGCUUCGAGUUAAAGCUGUCAUUGGGUCACAACAGUCUGAGUAUGUUGAGACAGAUGAGUUUAUUUUGCAGAAGCAUGGAAAAAUAGGACCACCAAAACUGAAUCUCUCAAGGCAUGGUGAUAAAAUCACGGUUGAUAUUUACCAUCCUGCAUUCCCAUCUGUGAAGCUGCUUCCUUGGAUUGGAGACAUUUAUUCAGAGAUCAGCUACUUCGUGACUUUUUGGGAUAGUAAAAAUCAGAGUGAAGAAGUGUUCUCUGAUGAAAACUGUACGCUGUAUAAAUGUAGCGUCAACAUCCCAGUUCCCGCUGAAGUUUCCAAAUACUGUGUUUCAGCAAAGGGAAGUUUAUACGACAAUCUGAUGAUUGGCGCCCCAUCAGAAGAAAGCUGCAUUCAUGUUCCUCUCAAGGAGGCAUUGAGCACACAAGAUCUUACCAUCGUUCUGUGUGGUGUUAUUCUGAGCGUGAGUCUAAUUUUGACAGUAUGUUGUGGCUGCAAGAAACUAAGGAAGACGAACAUAAAGCUGCCUAAGUCUUUGGUCAGUGUGAUAAGAAACCUGAACACAGACAGCAUUCUAGAAUCAAGAUCGGAGGCAAGAUACGUAUCUGUAAUAACCAUCACGCCAAGCCAGUCGGAGUUAUCAGCAGAUGAUGAAGUAACCUCGCUGGAGGUAGAGCCAAAAGAAGAAACUGUUAGUCCUGAGCAUUCCAGCGAAGGAGCAUCUUUUCUUCCUUCCCCAGAGGCACCAGCCAAAACAGAAGAGGUGUCUGUGCAGGAAAGCACAGAGGAGGUAUCUUCCGAUGGUGAACAAAGUCGCAAAGUAAAAGAGAGUUAUUUCAUUUCUGACAGUAGCCAAAUUGAUGUAUGCAGUAACUCUUCAGGUCCAGAAGUUUCUGUCACAGAAAUACAACAAACAGUCAUUCCAAACAACUGUGUCAAGUUUUCUGGCUAUGACAAGCCUCACGUGCCAUUAGAUAUGUUGAUAGAUGUUGGUGAAGAGCAGCCUGUGAUGGCUUACAGGCUGACUAACCAGGAUAGCUGA